AUGGCAUGGAAGGCAUCGAUGUUGGCCAUGCUGGGCUUGGUUGCCGCGCUGCUGUCGUAUCCGACAGCCCUGUCCAUGGCGGAGGCGUCGUUGAUCUCCAUGCCAACGGAAGAUGUUCACCGUGGUCAUGCUCCGGUAGUGUUCCUAGCAGAAAGCCUCACCCCGGACUACUACGCCGACUCUUGCCCGGAUGUGCGGGGCCUUGUGCGCUCCGCCGUGGGCGAAGCGCUCCAGAAGGAUAUCGCCCUCGCCGCCGGGCUCAUCCGCCUCUUCUACCACGACUGCUUCCCUCAGGGCUGCGAUGCGUCCAUCCUUCUGGCGGGAGCAGAGAGUGAGCUACAGAUGUGGCCGAACAGGUUUCUGCAGCGGGCUGCCGUGCAGCUCAUCGAGGACAUCCGCAUCAAGGUGCACCAUGCCUGCGGGCCCGUUGUCUCUUGCGCCGAUAUCAUGGCGCUCGCAACCCAUGAUGCCGUACUCAAGUCCGGGGGCCAAUCCUACCUCGUACCGCUCGGUCGCCUCGACAGCCUGGAACCCGCCCCACUGAGCACCGUCAGUGAGCUCCCGCUCCCCACCUUCAACAUCUCCCAGCUCAUCGAGGCCUUCGAGAGCCGCAGCCUCGACGUGACUGACCUCGUAGCGCUCUCCGGCGCGCACACCAUCGGAGGGGCUCACUGCACCUCCUAUGCCGACUGCUUUGCCGGAGAGCUCCUGCACAACUGCACCACUGGCGACAUAAGAGACAAGCAGGACCUCGACGUGACAACCCCGAACAAGUUCGACGACAAGUACUUUGGCAACCUGGAAGCGGGGAAGGGGGUGCUCAAGUCCGACAUGCAGCUCCUCCAUCACCCCCGCGCCAUGGAGCUCGUCAAAGGCAUCGCGGAAAACCAGUGGUGGUUCUGGAACCAGUUCGACACCUCCAUCAGGAAGCUGGGGAAGCUGCAGGGGCCCCAAGGAAACGCCGGUGAGGUCCGCACCAUCAGCUGCUCCGUGCCUAACCACAAGAGCAGAAACGUCGGUGAGGUCUGA